AUCUAAUAAAACCCAUAGAAACUUCUCCCAUUUCUCUCUCGGCCCCGCGGCAGCGAACCCUUAUCAGUCGCUCUCGGUGGCUCGGAGCAGCGAUGCGCACCGCCUGCAUCCGCCCCACCAUUCGUAUAAAACCCUCCCCUCCGCCUGCCUCCUCCCGCCACUGCUAGGCGACCCAUCCCCUCCCCGCCGGCACCGGCCGCCGCGCCCGCCCCCACGGCCCCUCCCGCGCCGUGGCAUGAGAAGAUGGCCGCGUGCUCCAGGGGCCUCGCGUGGCCGCCGUUCGAUCUGACCACGGCGAGGGGGGCGGCGCCCUGCCCGCACCGCCCCGCGCCGCGCCGCCGCGCCGCGAUCCGGUGCUGCUGCGCCGGGCCCGACCACGAGCCGCGGAGGCGCCUCUCCAGGGCGGCCGCGGCCGCGCCCGAGCGCGCCGAGGAGUGGCGCGUCGAUGGGAACAAGCCCUCCGCCGCCGCACCGGGCCGGCGGCGCGCCAGCCUCACCGCCAUGCCUCCGCUCCCCUUCCCUGCGCCUCGUUCAAGAAGGCAGUUCAAGCAACAGGAUUUCUAUCCGAGGUGCACGCAGAGGGGACCGGCGCCUCAGUCCCGGGACACCCCACCCAAGAGAGACACUGGUAUUGCUAGUGAGAAGGAAUGGGGGAUCAACUUGCUGGAUGAAGCAGUCAAGGAGUCUGGAACAAAUGAAGAUGGGAGCACUUGGUACAGGGAGAGCGGAGAGGAUCUUGGCGAAAAUGGGUUCCGGUGCCGAUGGGCAAGAAUGGGAGGACAGAGCCAUGAUGGUUCCACUGAAUGGAAAGAGACUUGGUGGGAGAAAAGUGACUGGACUGGAUAUAAGGAACUAGGUGCUGAGAAAUCCGGAAAGAAUGCUGAAGGUGACUCUUGGUGGGAAAAAUGGAAAGAAGUUUUGUACCAAGAUGAGUGGAGCAAUCUUGCAAGGAUAGAGAGAAGUGCUGAAAAACAAGCGAAGUCAGGUGCAGAAAAUGCCGGGUGGUAUGAGAAAUGGUGGGAGAAAUAUGAUGCCAAGGGUUGGACGGAAAAAGGUGCCCACAAAUAUGGAAGGUUAAAUGAACAGUCUUGGUGGGAGAGGUGGGGUGAACAUUAUGAUGGCCGUGGAUUUGUAUUGAAAUGGACGGAUAAGUGGGCAGAAACAGACUUAGGCACCAAAUGGGGGGACAAGUGGGAAGAGAAGUUCUUUGCAGGAAUUGGUUCUCGACAAGGGGAGACCUGGCAUGUAUCUCCUGGCGGUGAACGCUGGUCAAGAACUUGGGGAGAAGAACACUUUGGUAAUGGAAAAGUACACAAGUAUGGAAAGAGCACAACUAGCGAGAGCUGGGAUUUGGUAGUCGAUGAGGAGACAUACUAUGAGGCCGAGCCUCACUAUGGAUGGGCCGAUGUCGUCGGGGACUCGACCCAGUUAUUGUCCAUACAACCUCUUGAGAGGCCACCCGGAGUAUUCCCGAAUAUCGACUUCAGCUCCGCACCCCCACCAAAGGAUGAUCCACCCGGCAUGCCUCCCUCCACCCCUCUUGAGUCUGCCGGGCAACCAUCACUCCUCCCGCGUCAACACCCCCGUCAAACCUCCCCACCCUCCCAAACCUUUCCCAGUUUCCCCUCGCCGGAGCCGGCCGCGAUGCUGUCGCUCGCCGCCCGCGUGGCCGUACCGGCCGCCGCGCUGCUGUUCCUCCUGGCGGCGCCCGCCUCGGCGACCAACUUCACCUGCGCCUCGCCGGGCACCUCCUGCCGGUCCGCCAUCGGCUACGCGGUGCCCAACGCCACCACCUACGCGGAGCUCGCCGCCCGCUUCAACGCCACCACGACGCUCGCCGAGCUCCUCGGCGCCAACGGCCUCCCCGCCGGCACGCCCCCCUCCGCGCCCGUCGCGGCCAAGGCCACCGUCCGCGUCCCCUUCGGCUGCCGCUGCGGGAGGAACGGGGUGGCCCACUCCGACGGCGGGCCCGUCUACGUGGUGCAGCCGCAGGACGGGCUGGACCACAUCGCGCGCGACGUCUUCGGCGCCUUCGUCACCUACCAGGAGAUCGCCACCGCCAACGGCAUCAAGGACGUCAACCUCAUCUACCCCGGCCAGAAGCUGCUGAUCCCGCUGCCCUGCACCUGCGAUCCGGUGGACGGCGCCGCCGUCAUGCACUUCGCAUACAGCGUCGCCAAGGGGGAAGAUACGGCCGGCAUCGCCGCCAGGUUCGGGGUGAACGAGCGCACGCUGCUGACUCUGAACAAGAUCGCCGACCCCAAGGACCUGCAGCAGGGGCAGAUCCUGGAUGUCCCCCUACCUGUUUGCCAUUCGUCGAUCAGCAACACCUCGGCUGAUCACAAUCUGCUCGUCCCGAACGGCAGCUACGCGCUCACCGCCGGAGACUGCAUGCGUUGCAGCUGCAGUGCAAACAACUACGAGCAGCUAGACUGUUCUCCAGUUCAGCGCAGAGGGUGCCCGGCCGUGCUGCCCUGCGAUGGGGGCCUGAAGCUUGGGCAGACGACGAACGGCAAUGGUUGCGAGUCCAAGAUUUGUGCGUACAGCGGCUACUCCAACACCACGUCGCUCAGAAUACACACCGCUCUUGUAACUGCAAACCAGACAGCGUGCGACCAGAAGGGGGGAGCAGCGAGAACGGUGUUUGCCGGGUCCAUGUGGAGAAUGUCCGUGAUCUCCUUCCACAUGGUGCUCAUCCUGAUCUGCUUCCUUUGAUUGCUGUAGAGGUUAGAACUCGAGAUGGUAUCCGAUUUGUGUCGCGGUGAGAUUGUUGUUUAACUUGUGUGUUGUCCAUAUGUUAGGUCUGGUUUAUCCAGAUUUUGUUGGCGAUUGGUGUAUAUGUUUGAAUAAAGCAAAGCUGAGCUUGCAUCCGGAAGUGGUUACAUUUUAAACCGCAUAAUCCAAUAAUAAACAAUCCCCACACACA